AUGUCGGAUACUCAGAGGUCUCUACCAGCCGUCAGAAAGCUGAGCUAUGCGGUGGGACACUUUCUCAACGACCUGUGUGCCUCAAUGUGGUUCACAUACCUGCUGGUGUUCUACCAUUCAGUGCUGGGCUUCCAAAACACAAAUGCAGGUCUGCUGCUGCUGGUGGGGCAGAUAGCUGAUGGGAUCUGCACGCCUCUUAUUGGCUACGAGUCUGAUCAAGCACCCGGCUGUGGAAACUACGGCAAGAGGAAGAGCUGGCAUUUAGUAGGGACCGUGUCCGUGCUGCUGUCCUUCGCCUUCAUCUUUAACCAGUGUCUGGGCUGUGACUCCUACACUCCCCAGUGGGCCAGUUUGACCUACUUCGUCCCCUUCAUCAUCAUCUUUCAGUUCGGGUGGGCCGCUACUCAGAUCUCACACCUGUCCCUCAUUCCAGAGCUGGUCACCUGUGAGCACGCUAAAGUAGAGCUCACAGCAUACAGGUAUGCGUUCACAGUGAUAGCCAACAUCACAGUGUACGCGGUGGCUUACCUGCUGUUCCACGUGCACGCCAGACAGGGACUCAGCGAUGAACUGGGACCAGUAGACAUCCCCGUCUUCAGGAACCUGGCGUUGAUCGUGCUGGGCAUCGGAGCUCUCUUCUCUAUUUUCUUUCACCUGGGCACCACUGAGAAGAGACCUGGAGCAGGAGAGGAGACUGGAGGGAGCACGGAGGAAGAAGAGGAGGAGGAAGGUGAGCGGAGGCCUCUGCUUCCUCGACCCAAGACCACCUCGUCCUUCCUGCAGUGGAAGUGCUGGCUGAGGCAGCCAUCUUUCUACCAGGUGGCCUUACUCUACAUGUCCACCAGGUUAAUAGUCAACUUGUCUCAGAGCUACAUCGCCAUGUAUCUGCUCAACACUCUGAGUCUGCCAAAGAAUUACAUAGCAACUAUCCCAUUAGUGAUGUACGUGAGCGGCUUCCUGUCAUCCUUUAUCAUGAAGCCUGUCAGUAAACUCAUUGGAAAAUCUCUCACCUACUUCAUGGGGCUGCUGCUGAUCAUGGCGUUCUCCUACUGGGUGCUGCUGGAUAAGAACAUGGGCCAGCGGGUGUACGGGGCGGCCGUUCUGCUGGGGGCGGGGUCAGCUACCAUCCUGGUCAUAUCACUGGCCAUGACAGCUGAACUCAUCGCUGAUCAGACACAAAGUGGAGCGUUUGUAUAUGGAGCCAUGAGCUUCACUGAUAAACUGGCUAAUGGAGCUGCUGUGAUGAUCAUCCAGGCCAUGCAUCCUUGCCACACCGUGGUGUGUUGUCCGGCGUGUGUGUGGUUUUAUCACAACGUCAUGGUCAUAGUGACGGGAGGCGUGGCCAUCGUUGCUGCUCUGGCCCUCUGCUCCAUUCUCAUCUGGCCAAUCAAGAUCAGACUACGUGAUGUGUCUACAGUCUCUGAAGACACAGCCAGAAUCAACUAA